CCCACCUGUUCACUCUCACUAGUCAAACUAAUGCAUUUACUAGUAGUACUAAAAGUCUAAAAUUAAGGAGCAGUUUAGUUGCGGAUCAAAAAAAAAGGAGCAGUUUAGUUUGGGACAGAACAAAAAGCAGAGGAAGCCAACUGCUAACACGGGAUUCCUUCCUUGCAGUUCCAGAGAGAGAGAGAGAAAUGGGGUGUUUGAAGAUUUCGGCUGUGCUGGUGGCGGUGGUGGUGCUGGUGGCGGUAACCAAGGCGGCGGAAGGACAAUCAACGGCGUCAUGCGCGCAGAAGCUGGUGCCGUGCGCGGACUACAUGAACUCAACCAACCCACCGGCGUCGUGCUGUAACCCGCUGAGAGAAGUGGUGACUAACGAGUUGAGUUGCCUCUGCACUCUCUACAAUACCCCUGGCUUGUUGGCUUCUCUCAACGUCAACAUCACUCAGGCCCUUCUCCUCGCCGGCCGCUGCAAUGUCCCCGGCGAUCUCAACUCCUGCCUCAAAGCUUCAGCUCCAUCUCCCACUUCCUCAACUGGCUCACCUCGAGCAACGCCCGGAAACGAUAAAAAUGGAGUGGGCAGGAUCACGUGGACUGGAAUGUCUACCAUACUCUUGUUUUGUACUUCUAUGAUGGUCUACUAGAGAGGUUUUUAAAUCGUUUUGGCACCGGUCAUUACAUUUCUAUGAUAUGAUCGCGGGAUUGCACACCUUGGAGGCUUCCUUUGUUGUUUUGCUUAUCGGGUAUUAUAUUGAUUUGGGUAGUUACUUGUUUGUGAAACUUUAUUAUUGAUUUUUUUUGCUUUCCAGAUGUUACAUUUGAAUGAAUUCACUUUUCCCAUCGCAUUUGAAAUGUGUUCAGCAAUUCGGCUGUGUAAUCUCAGCAUAUAUAGAAUAUCGUUCCAUCAGGAUUAUUUUGACUA